AUGGGUGUUACAAAGACAAUACUCAAGGCCGGCAACGGAGUCGACAAGCCCAAGACAGGGGACGAUGUUGUGAUCGACUACACAGGAUGUCUCUAUGACCCGGCGGCCGCGGAUAAACAUUACAUGGGAGACGAGUUUGAUUCAUCCAAAGAUAGAGGGGAAUUUAAAACUGCAAUUGGCAUUGGAAAGGUCAUUCGAGGCUGGGAUGAGGCGGUUCUGAAUAUGACGCUUGGCGAGAGGAGCAUCCUAACUAUCACCCCAGACUACGGGUAUGGUGACCGGUCUAAUCCCACCAAACUCGACUCUCGUUUUCGGGUUGCUUUAAUCCGGCUUACGGCAGGUCCACUUAUCCGGGUUGGCGUGCCUGCAGUGGAAGCUCCCGGCCCCUCCGCCUUUGCUGAUUUGUUGAACAUUUGA